AUGGCGUUCAGCUUCGGAACCCCCAGUUCGUCGAGCGAGCCGUCCAACACAAACACGUCUUCGGCGCCUGCUGCGGGCGGUCUCUUUGGCUCUGCUUCUACCGGCACGCCCAAGUUCUCAUUUGGGUCGUUGGGCGGCGCAUCCGCUGGCAACAACAAUUCUACACCUACGGGCAACUCGGCCUCCGUAUUUGGCCAGCCAAGCAGCGGUGACGCGCCAAAGGCGGCGUCCAGCGUAUUCGGCGGAGCCUCCACCAUGGCUGCCCCUGGCACGAGCAUGGCGACUCCCGCGGCUGGAGGACUGUUCGGAAGCAACAGCUCGACUACGCCCGCUUCCGCCGGCACUCCAGCAUCUGGUGGCAUGUUCGGAAACCCCAGCGCCGCGGCAAACAAGCCAGCCUCGAGCGUGUUUGGCGGCGCGCCAGCUUCGGGCAUGUUCGCCAGCACGGGCAAUUCGCUCUUUGGGAACAAGACUGAGAGCGCGCCCGGCAGCCAGUCAGCCACCGCCGCAGCAACUCCCGCGAAGCCCAUGUUCUCGCUCGCAUCAACUACACCCACAACGUCGACUCCUGCAUCUGGGCUCUUUGGCGGUGGACAGGCAGGCAGCAAUCCUCCCAGCGGCGGGGGUGGCCUGUUUGGUGCCAAGACUACAGCAAGCUUGGGAACACCCGCCGCCGGAGGGCUCUUCGGCACCAACAAGCCGGCCGCUCCCGCUGCGUCUGGGACCACGACGCUGGCGCCCGCUGGAGGGCUCUUUGGCAGCGCGACUGCUACCAACACGCCUGCCCCGUCCACGUCAAGCGCCCCGACUGGUGCUACGGGAGCUCCCGCAGCAUCGUCGACCGCAGGAGCCGCCUCUGGCACCUCACAGCCUGCUUCGGCGGGACCUACGCCAGCGGCCACCACGUCAACGACUUCGGCCUCUGCAGCCGGCGGGCUCUUCGCAGCUCAGCCCGCCACCCAGAACAUACCCCGACUCAAGAACAAGACCAUGGAGGAUAUUGUCACCCGAUGGGCUUCGGAUCUGUCCAAGUACCAAAAGGAGUUUAAGGAGCAGGCCACCGUCGUGUCGACCUGGGACAGGAACCUCGUCGACAACGGAGAGAAGAUUCAGAAGCUGUACCUCGACACCUUUGAAGCCGAGCGAGCCAGCCACGAGAUUGAGCGGCAGCUGGUGGCAGUGGAGAGCCAGCAAGACGAGCUCGAGGCUUGGCUCGACCGGUAUGAAUCAGAGGUGCAGGACAUGUUUGUCAAACAAAUCGGCCCUGGAGAGCAGCUUGCCGGACCGGACCAGGAGCGCGAGCGGACAUACAAGCUGGCAGAGAAGCUGACGCAGCAGCUUGACGAGAAGUCGCGGGACCUAUCCAAGAUGGUCAAGGAAAUUAACGACAUCUCGGGCACUCUGAGCAAGGGGGCCAAGGCCGAGGACCCGACGCAGCUGAGUCAGAUCGUGCGCGUGCUGAACGGGCACCUCACGCAGCUGCAGUGGAUCGACGCUCACGCCGCGGCUCUCCAGGCCAAGGUGGCGGCGGCGCAGAAGACCAGUGUGGCACUGAACAGCCACUAUGCCGGGGCGGAAAACGAUGCGGCAGAGAGCUUCUACCGAUCGUACAUGGGGCGGCGGUGA